GUUUUAGUUUAUCACAGCUCGCCACCACUCAGCAGAGUUCAGAAAAUAUUUUAAACGCAGUCGUUGUUUAUCAGGUUUAUCAUGCAGAUUAAGGGUGCUGUAGCACUAGUAACAGGGGCAGCAAAAGGUAUUGGUUAUGCCUUUAGUGAAGCGCUUCUUGAACAUGGCGCUGCAUCGGUAAGGAUGCUUGAUAUAAGCAAGCAAGAAGGACAAAAAGCCCAGCAACAGUUGGAGUCAAAAUACGGUUCAGGGCGGGCACAGUUUGAUGAGUGUGACGUCACCAGCAAAGACGACCUUACACGGUGUGUGAAAUCAGUUAUCACGGAUCACGGCAAACUGGAUAUCCUGUGCAAUAACGCUGGGAUAGUUGAUGAAAAGAACUGGGAAAGAACGAUUGCGAUCAAUUUGAAUGCUGUUAUUCAAGGAACUUUCCUGGGUAUGGAGGUCAUGAACUCCGGUGUUAUCGUUAACACUGGUUCUAUGGGAGGCUUGGCUCCAAUGAGCCUCACACCGACCUACUGCGCCUCGAAACAUGGUGUUGUUGGUUUUACUAGGAGUAUUGCACCUGUUGCCAUGAAAACAAAGUCUAUUAGAGUAAACGCCAUUUGUCCAGCUUUUGUUGAAACGCCUUUGCUUGAGAAACAGAAAGUCGAUUUUCCCAUGGCAGCUGGUCUUGUCAAUCAUCUUGGAACAGUAACGUCUGAUUUCGUCGCCAAAGGAUUGAUUGAUAUCAUUACAGAUGACAAAAGAAUUGGCGAUAUAAUGUCAAUMACUGCUCCUGACAAGAUGACCUACCAUCAAUCUGCAAUAUCUGGCUUUUAAUGUCUUCAUUUCAGAAUAAAUGCAGUUAUGACGUGUUAACUUCAUCUUAUUAUUACAUUCGGCGGUUUAUGCAUAAUAAAAGUACUGUUUAAAGGUC